AUGUGGAGAAAGUUCACCCAGUGCGCAAUCUUUCAAUUCGAGGCUUCGCCUUCCACCACUCGGGCUUGCUGCCUGUCCGCAAGGAGGUCAUUUGCGUGUUUGACCAAUAGUAAGCCACGUGCCAGAGGAACUGGGUCGCCUCGAGACGAUGCUGCAGGUGAAGCGGCAUGCGAAAUUCCGAAGGUGGGCGUGUUUGCGUCCGAAGUGCUCUUCGACGAUGGAGCAAUGUCGCAUCUAGAGCCCACCGAACUAGCUAUCGUUUCGUCCGCCUUCGUCGGCGACCACAAUGUAUCGGACUAUGGUCUUCCAGCUAACCCCGAGAACCUGAAUGCAGUGUGUGAGGCAGUCUAUGAAAAGUUGCUCGAGGUAAGAAAGCAGUUUUGUUUAUGA